AAGAUGAAGAAAGGAACGUCAUCCUUUGGAAAGUGUCACAAUAAGAUGCACAGGCUGUGCCGCCGCUGUGGCUCCAACGCCUACCACCUCCAGAAGUCGACUUGUGGCAAAUGCGGCUACCCUGCCAAGCGCAAGAGAAAGUAUAACUGGAGAGCCAAGGCUAAGAGACGAAACACCACCAGGACUGGUCGGAUGAGACACCUAAGGAUUGUCCAUCGCAGAUUCAGACUUGGAUGUUGUGAAGGAACAACACCCAAACCCAAGAGGGCAGCUGCUGCAGCAUCCAGUUCAUCGUGA